AUGUCUCAACUAACUGGUUAUCACAUUAUGAUAGUCUCGAAGUACUUCGCAACUAUCAUAGACUUUAUUAACUUGAAGUUAGUUUGCAAGAAGUUUGGUGGUAAUAUGGAGAAGUUUCAUUUUAACCCAAUUCCGUUAAAUUCCAAAACGCUUGGAUACUUCCCAAACAUCGAGACACUUCAUUUGUGGAAUAAAAAUGAUGAUAAUUUUGGCAAUAAAUUUAUGAACAACACAGAAGAAAAUGGAGAUUGUGAAAAUAAAGGUGUUUUUAAAAAAGAGUUCUUUCGAAUCAUUGUGUGGUUCAAUGUUGAUUUUAAAACUGUUGACAGAAACAAAAAUCGAAACAUUGAGUUUAAAAAUGUCACUUACACUCAAAAAGAUAGAGAGGAAUUUGGCAACAACAUUCCACAAAACAUUGGAUCAAUUGGUAAUCAAUGUUUCUAUGAAUGCAGUAGUUUGACUUAUGUUUCAAUACCAUCAAGCGUUUCAUCAAUUGGUGAUUAUUGUUUCUAUGGAUGUUACAGAUUGAGUAGUGUUACUAUACCAUCAAGUGUGAAAUAUAUUGGUUAUCAAUGUUUCUAUAAAUGCAAAAGUUUGAUUAGUGUUUCAAUACCAUCAAGUGUUACAUAUAUUGGAAUUCAAUGUUUUUUUGUAUGUAGCAGUCUGAAUAGUGUUAACAUACCAUCGAGUGUAACAUCAAUUGGUGAUUGUUGUUUUUAUGAAUGCAGUAGUUUAAGCAAAAUUACAAUACCAUUUAGUGUAACAUAUAUUGGUGAUGAGUGUUUCAGUGAAUGCAGUAGUUUAACUUAUGUUUACAUACCAUCUAAUGUGAAAUCAAUUGGUGAUGGUUGUUUUUAUGGAUGUAAUAAUUUGAGUCGUAUUACAAUACAAUCAAAUGUGACAACAAUUAAUAAUUAUUGUUUCAGUGAAUGCAGUAGUUUAACUAAUAUUUACAUAUCAUCGAGUGUAACAUCAAUUGGAAAAUAUUGUUUUUAUGGAUGCAGUAGUUUAAGCAAUAUGACAAUACCAUUAAGUGUUGCAUAUAUUGGUGAUUAUUGUUUUUAUGGAUGUAAUAAUUUGAAUAGUAUUACAAUACCAUCUAAUGUGACAUAUAUUGGUAAUGGUUGUUUUAGUGAAUGCAGUGGUUUAAGUAGUAUUACAAUACCAUCAAGUGUUGCAUAUAUUAGUGAGAGUUAUUUCCCAUCAAACACUGAAGUUCAUCGAAGCAAAUGA